AUGAGCAAUCGUGGCCAGCUACAUUGUGGAGGCAUGGUAUCUAUUAUAGUUGAGCAUCUUGGCCUCCAUAUACCUAACAAUCCAACUAAUAUAAUUCCGGGGCGCACUCAUUUAUCACUUGAAGUUUUGGAAAUCAUGCAUCUCUUUCACCGCCAUCCCAAUGGGGAUGUUCAUUGGACUGUCGAUGCUCAUAGACCUUCAACCACCACUUCUACUCCUCUUGCUCAAACUGCAACUGCAGGUGCUUCCAGCUCGUCUUGCCCAAUUCCUUAUCCCGAACAUAAGCUUUACAUGGGCGAGUUUGCACGUUUAGAUCAUCAAUACAUGAGCCUUCAGCAGGAAGUAGGAGAGAUUUACACGGGAGUUGCUGAAAUCACCUCCGACUUUCACGACCACCGUAACUUGCAAGGAGAGCGUUGGGCCCAACAAGAGCCGUGGUGGGCUGAACAAGAUCAGCGAUGGAUCGCUCAAGAGCAACACAACCGCAAUAUCCAUUAUUUUAUGAGUGACCUUCGCCGAGUUCUUGUCCUUCCUACGCAGCAACAACCACCAUCAUCCCAACCCCAAUGGCAUUCAUAUUAUCAUACUGAUUAUCCUUCACAGUUCCCACCAUAUCCUCCACCGCCCGAUCCUCAAUAG